CACCGAUACAGCUGGAACUCACAUUACCACGACACGGCUUCAAGGCUAAUUCCCCGUACCGAAUGGCUGGAACGCCGACAUUGAUGGACGCCUCACACGCGCCAACCGUGGACCCAUGCUUCGCUUUCUUGCAGACGGCGUUUCCCUCUCUGCCAUGUGCACAUUUCCCGCAGGAUUGACUGCCAUUACGAUUUUCUUCCGUCCUCCCACGCCUCGAAUCGCAUGAGCACACUCACGUCAGGAUGAACCGGCAAGACCGCGUCAACUACCCGUUGCUCGGGCAGACCAGUCCAAGUCGCCAGACUGGCGGCAGGGGCAAGAAACCCUCCGGCAUCCGCAUCGCAAACCAACCAGCCGCCCGUCAAUCCAUGCCCGGUACCUUCCCACCCCACGACCAACCUCAUCACGGGAUCCCAUCCUACGGCGGCGGUAACCCCUACACCUCGCAUCAGCCACCGGGAACCACAUACGAUCCUGCACCAACUGGAGGCCCAUACAUCUCAGACCAACCUCCGGGAACCACUUACGGACCCAGCCCCUCCUAUACAUCACCGGGACACCAGCGCGGUCCUUCCGGCGCUCAUCCUCCGCUUCCGAUCAGCAACCCGUAUGCACAACCAGUAGAUGUCCCUGAGCGCCUCGAAUCCCUCCGCCUCUCCGCCGACGACAGCACAGACGAAUCCUUCGCCAAACUCCUGCACACGCUGACCCAUCCCAACUCCCUCGCGGACAUCCUUCCGCCCGCCCUCUCCACCCUCCAGCUCAACCACGUCCACACAUCGCAGGAGCUCCACACCCAACUCGCCACCUUCCUUUCCAACGACAACAAUGGCAUCCGCGCGAGCAGCACCCAGCGCUUGGAGCUUCUGACGUCAGCCGUGGUACAUUGCAUCGAGAGGCUGAAUACCACUGACCAGUGCUUGGAACGUGUUGCCGAAGCGGUCAGGAUCGUGGGUCAGAGCAUGGGAGCACGGCUUGCGAGGAUCGAGGACGAGUGGGGUCUUCCGGGCUCGGAGGAGGGUGGACAGCAGCAGCAGGAGCAGGAGCAGCAACAGCAGAAGCGAGGCUUUCUCGAUAGGAUUUGGCAUCGGGAAGUGUGAGGGACUCUGAUAGUUUCGUACUGCCUCGGGACUACCGAUCGGUCCGGUUGCAGUUUUCCCUACAUCUUUUUCUACGGACACAUCCAAGGGUGGCCAGCGGUGGCGGCCAAUGGGAUUACGCUGGGGUGUGGCGAGGACAGCGAAACUUCCCUUGCAUCUCUACUCCCUUUUCCCUCGUACGUUGUGCCGCCUUUGUACUAUAUAUCCAAGUCGACAUUCAUUCGCGUUGGCAUCC